AUGGCUGAUUCGACAAGUUUAAUUAAUGAUUCGACAACAACAACUGAUGUUUUAUUAGAAGACGAUACAAAUCAAGAUGAACGAUUACAUUGUUCUUUAUGUAAACAGCUCAACUCGCAGCCAAAAAUUCUGCAAUGUUUACAUGUUUAUUGUUUACAAUGUCUUAAAACAAAACAAGAACAAAACACAAUCUCCUGUCCAGAAUGUCAACAAAUAACACAAUUGCAAACUGGUGUUUUAGAAGAUGAUUUAUUCGAUGAUAUGGUAUUAUUGAAUGAAGUUGAACUUCGUCUAAUUCAGAAUGGUCUUGUUCGUUGUACGUCAUGUCGAACAGAAGAAUUAGCAUUUGCUCGUUGUAAACAAUGUAGCACAUAUUUAUGUCAACAAUGUGUUCAUGCACAUCAAAAUAUGAAAUGUUUUUUAAAUCAUACAGUCGUCAAUCUAACUGAUUUAACGUCGUUUGAUCGUUGUACAGCAUGUCCUGUUCAUCCAUCGAAAGAAUUAAAAUAUUAUUCAGCAUCACUCGGUCAAUUAUUGUGUGAUGAAUGUUUAGAUAAACAUCCUCAAUCUUCAUAUGAAAAAAUAAGUCCACAAUUUAUUGAACAACUCAAAGAGGAUUUGGAGGGGAAAAUGAAAAUCGGUACAACGAGAAUAGAUAAUGCACAAUCAUCUGUAGAUGCAAAAUUGAAUCAAUUACAAACAGAUUAUGAACAAACAAAAGAAAAGUUACAAGAGAAUUUUCAAUUAUUUCAAAAAAUAUUAACAAAAAUAUAUAGCGAUCAAUUAACAUCAUUAUCAGAUAUACAACGUUCAUUAGAGAUGAAACUAUUAGACGAAAUACAUUUAGUUCAAAUGACUACACAACGAUUUGAAGAUGCUAAAGAUUUUACAAAACGAAUUCUUGCGCAAUCUAGUGGAGUUGAACUUGUUAAAAUGAAAUUAUUAAUUGAUCGUCAAUUAGUAUUUUUAAAUGAAAAUAUAUCACUGACUGAUGGAGAUCAAUCAUUCUCGUCUUCUUCAUCUCAAAUUGAUUUUAUACAAUCAACUUCGAAUAAUGAUAUUGAACAAGUGUUCAAACAACAGUUUGGAAAAUUGAUUUCAGCCGCUGAAAAACAACAACACGAUAAUGAGAAAAAUGAAGAUGAAGAAAACAAACAACAGCAAGAAGAGUUGUUUAGUUUAUCUGGAUUAUCGUCUGACCAUUCAGCAACUACUCUUUCAUCAGCAUCAAUCGAUCCGCUUGCUUAUUACGUCGAUAAACCUCAUAUUCAACAUUUUAAUGGUUUUUCGUGUGUUCCAUCGCACGGCGGUGAUGCGACACCAUCAUUGACUAAUACAACGUUAACAACAUCGGGUUCCACAUCAGCCGCAGUUCCUUCACAGCAACCAACUGUCGAUUUGCAUGGAACAUCACCAUUUGUCAAUUCAAUUCAAACAGAAAAUAUUCGUGCACUCGAAAGUAUUUUUAAUCAGCAAUCACAUGCACAACAACAAUUCCAGCCAAUACAACAUAAUCCAACGUUAGACUUUUCUCAACAAAACAACGAAACAUUUUCAAUGACUGGCUAUAAAAGUUUGCAACAAAAUGGAAGACAAUGUCACUCACCAUUACAAUUACCUACAAAUGGAUUUCCUGGUCGUGUGCCUAAUUAUGCUGCUUCAUCACAUAAUGGCUCAUCUGUUGGCAAUUCACCUCGAUCAACAACGCCCUACUCUCAACUGCCACUCGUUCCACCUACUCAGCCACAAUUUUUCUCAUUUGGUAUGCCACAACAUGCAACACAACAAGGUAAUUGUCAAUCAAUGCAAGUGCGAUCGAAAUUUGGUUCAUUGGGUCCACAAAAAGGUCAAUUUAAUUCACCGCAUGGAUUUUGUUUGGGUCAAGAUGAAGAGAUAAUUGUAGCCGAUACAAACAACCAUCGAAUUCAACUGUUUAAUAUACAAGGUGAAUAUAAGUCUCAAUUUGGAAUACCAGGACGAGAGGAAGGACAAUUAUGGUAUCCACGAAAAGUGGCUUAUAUUAAACAAUCAUUAGGUGGAAAAUACGUUAUUUGUGAUAGAGGAAAUGAGCGUUCUCGAAUGCAAUUAUUUACACGAAACGGUCAUUUUAUUAAAAAAAUUAGUAUCCGAUAUAUUGAUAUUGUCGCUGGUUUAGCUAUCACUCAUUAUGGUGAUAUUGUUGUUUGUGAUAGUGUUAGUCCAACGGUAUUUACAAUUAGUUCCGAAACGGGUGAAUUAUUAAAAUGGUUUGAUUGUUCAGAUUAUAUGCGAGAACCAUCGGAUAUAGCCACAUAUCAACAACAUUAUUUUGUUUGUGAUUUUAAAGGUCAUUGUGUUUGCGUAUUCGAUGAUUGUGGAAAAUUUUUAAGACGAAUAGGAAAUGAAAAUAUAACAAAUUUUCCGAAUGGAAUUGAUAUUAGUGAUGAAGGUGAUAUUGUUAUUGGUGAUAGUCAUGGUAAUCGUUUUCAUUUAUCUGUUUAUUCAUGUGAAGGUGAUUUAAUUAAAGAAUUUGAAUGUCCAUCGCACAAAAUGAAUUUAAAUCUUCGAUUUUUAACAAAACGAAUAUCUUCGUUAUUAAGAUUUAAUUCGUCAACAACAGAAACGACGCUGAAAGAUUCAACGAAAACGAAAUCAGUACGUGGUUGGCGUAAAUAUUUACAUUUAUUAAAAGAUCGUCCUGCUUCUCACAUUACAGCAUUUGCUAUUUUACACGAAUUAACAGCCAUCGGUGCAUUUCCAAUCGUCUACUAUCCUCUUAAAUGGUCACAAUGGGGUCAAUACAUUCCAGUACCAACACACUACAUUGAAGAGGGUUAUCGAUUUAUCUCACGUGUUCGCCAACGUUAUGGUUAUUCAAGUCUUGAUCCAGGAAAUCCUGUUUUACUCAAUUUGUCAUUGACAUAUGGAAUUGUUAAACUAUUGUUACCGCUCCGAAUCGGACUUAGUCUUUAUUUGACGCCUGCGUUUGCGAGACUAAUGUCUGAUGAACUGACAUUUAGUCCAAUACCUGAUUGUACAUCUUUACCACUCGAAUUUUUCACUCCAUGCGCUGAACGUCUUCCCCCUAUAAAUAAACCCUAUUGUCUCGAACAAGAUCUACCAGUUAUUCUCGAAGUGUCCGUUGAACAAAGUCCAAUAAUUUCUGAUCCAUCGCAUCUGUCUGAGCGGCAGUUUUCAGUUCGAUGUGGUCAGAUCGUUGAAAAGUUAACAUGUCAUUUAAAAUCAUUUGAAGAAGCUGAUCGUCAUUUACAAUCACUGGAUAAAAAUAUUCAAGAUUUUUUUUGUAUUUUGGAACAAUUUCGUAGACAUUUAAAUCAAAUGGCACCUACUGAUCAACGAAGACAAAAACUAACCGAUACAACAGAUUAUCUUGAAGGUCGUAUCCAACAGAUGAAUGUUAAAAAGAAUGAAAUUCGAAUAAAAAUUCAACAGCUAUGCUCAACAUUUUUAACACAACCAACAAAUAGUACUGCUAAUAGUCAAGAUGGAUGUCAAAAUCUUCCACGUUUAAUUGAAUUAGUUCAAUGUAGUUUUCGUCAAAAAUUAAAUUUAUUAGAAAUGGCUAGACGUGAACAUGAACAAAUGACAAAAUUAGAAGAAAAAAAAGCUGAUCGAAGAGAAUUAUUCACACAAUUGAAUGAAAAAUUAGAUUAUUUACGACAACAACAGCAAGAUAAGAGAGAGGUGCUACCAGUCGAUGUUGGUGUUGAUGAUGGUGACAUUAAUCAAGCAUUGAUGAACAAAUAUUUAUCGUUAGUUGAACAGAAUAAAAUGCUUAAACAAAAAUUAAAAACAAAUGUCAAAAUACUUUAUGAUGUUACUCAACAAAUUUCAGUGCCACAAGGGAAUUAA